UGGUCCCUCUCUCCUCUCUCUCUUGCUGCAAAAGAGUACUUGCAAAACCCCUCAGUUUCUCUGAAGAAUCACUAUUCUAGAUCACAAAAAGGACCUUUUUCUGAGUUCUCGGAGAUAAAUGAAAAAUUUUAGAUUUGGGUAUUGCAAUUCGAUGUAAAGGGUUUCCGAAUUGUAUGGUUUUGACGGGUUUUUUAUGAGCUGUGGUGUUUGGACAUUUGUGAGCUGAUUAUGUGCUAAAACUUUAAUUUUUGAGAGGUUUUUAUGACUUCAUGUUUAGAUUGGUACAAAUUCCAUUCGGGUUUUCAGGAUUUUUUUUUUAGGGUUUGGAAGUUUUGGUGUGGAAGAUGAAUAAUAACAAUCCGGGUAGUGGGUUUUUAUCCGGUUAUACAGGAGGGUUUUUGGGGAUGAAUAGGAAUCAACAAAAUCCUGGUGGGCUUUUGGGGAUGAGUAGAAGCCAUCAACAAAACUUAAGUAGCAGUAAUCCAGCUCGUCUGCAAAAUGACCAAGUUCCAUCUCCGAUGAAUAUGAUAUCAGUGGCUGAAAAGGAUUCCAGGAUUGGGCUAAGGGAGGUCAAAGACUCAGCACCAAGAGGUUUUGCUAUGACUUUUGCAAGAGAGAGGGUUGCGGGACCUAGGAAUGUUAUGAGUAAUGGUGCUGUUAACAUCAAUGAGAUCUCAAGUGAUGAGGAUGACCCAAGUAUGGCAGAGGGCAAUGGUAGGGAUACUGGUGGAGGAAAGGGCAAAAAGGAUGCUCCUUGGGUGAGAAUGAAGUGGACGGACAAUAUAGUUAGACUUUUGAUUCAAGUUGUUGCAAAUGUUGGAGAAGAUGGUCCUUCAGAGGGUGCUGAGGGAGCGAGGCGAAAAUCUGGUAUCAUAAAGAAGGGAAAAUGGAGAACGGUCUCAAAGGUAUUGAUGUCUAAGGGUCUUUGUGUUUCACCUCAGCAGUGUGAGGAUAAGUUCAAUGAUUUGAACAAGAGGUACAAGAAGUUGAACGACAUUCUUGGAAGGGGUACUUCAUGUAGAGUUGUGGAGAAUCCAGCUCUAUUAAACAACAUGGAACAUCUCUCUGACAAAGCAAAGGAAGAUGUGAGGAAGUUAUUGGGCUCAAAGCAUUUGUUCUAUAAGGAAAUGUGUGCUUACCAUAAUGGCCAAAAGAUUACCGAUUGCAAUGAUUUUGAGUUACCAGUUCAUGCUGCAUCUGUAGCAGAACAAAUUUGGGAACAUUGUGAUGGUUCACCUGUUGUAGGAGAAGGCACCAAAGACAAGGAUGGUUCACCUGUUGCAGGAGAAGGCACGACAGACAAGGAUGGUUCACCUGUGGCCGCACAAAGUUCAAAAGACAAUGACAUCUCUGAGGGCGAUGAUGCUGAUGAAAAUGAUGAAAGUGACCAUUACAUGUCUGAAGAUGAAGCUGCAGAUAACAACAAUUCUGGGAGUGUGGAUAGGGUUGAAACAAGUGAAAAUAGGGAAGUGUGGAAGGAUUAUGGAAAUACUAGGUCUCGAUCUGGGGCCGGUGAUGAUUUUCAGGCAGAAAUCGCUGAAAUGUUUAGUGACCCUACAAAGUCUCAAUGGGAGCGGAGAGAGUGGAUCAGGAAGCGUAUGCUUCAACUUCAUGAGGAAAGAAUUGGCAUACAAGCUGAAGCUUUUGAGUUAGAAAAGCAAAGAUUGAAAUGGCAGAGAUUCUGCAACAAGAAAGAGUUGGAACUGGAGACAGCUAGGCUGGAAAAGGAGAGGUUGAUAAUAGAGAAUGAGCGCAAGGCAUUGCAACUGAAGCAGAAAGAAGUGGAGGUGGAAUUUCGGAGGCCGGAAUCAACAUUUAACCUGACUUCUUUUAGUAUAGACAUAAUGGGGGGAAGAGAGCAGAUUGAUUCAGGAAGGCAACACUAGAGGACUUGUAACUUCUUUCGAUGUUUAUGACUUUCAUCUCCUCUUUUGUAGAAUUGAAGAUUGUACUUCCGAUCCAUUUGCAUUACUUUGUGGUCUCACUUCUCUUCGAAUUCCCAUACCAUCGUAUUCUAGCCAAGGAUCGUUUUGAUAUUCAACAGCAUGGUAUGGUUUCGUUUGUAAUAGUUAUAAAUGUUGUGUUUUGUACCCUGGCCUCAUUCCAAGAAAAUUGCUUAUGCCUUAACAGCAUGUCUGCUUUCUAUUUCUAUGA